AUACUAUACGAAGAAACAUACGUAUACGGUUGUUGGCGGCACAUUUUGUCAACCAUAGUUUUGGAUUUUCUUCUUCGCUCACUCUUUUUUUCAAUUGUUUUCUCUGCCACCACUUUUUCCCAUUCUCUCACACUUUGAGUUUCUUCUACUUCUCUCUUUCCCGUUUUGAUCGAUAUUCUUCUUCAACCAAAGUAGUAGUUCGUGGAGUUUCUCCGAAGCAUUUUUAGAUUCCACUGCAUUUGCAAAGGAAUUGGGUUGUGUAGGCUUUUGAGUUAAAUUAUGGCUAGUGAUUCUUUUGUAACUGUCAAUGGAAAUGGCAAUUACAACUCACAGCCGAAUCCGCAGAGGACUUACCAAGCAGUAGUAAUUGCAACCCGAGAUAUGGGCAUUUCUAUGGAUGGAAAAUUACCCUGGACAUUGCCUACUGAUCAAAAGUUUUUUAACGAUAUCACAACUAUAACAUCUGAUCCCGGGAAGAAGAAUGCUGUUGUCAUGGGUAGAAAGUCAUGGGAGGCUAUCCCUCCUGAGAACAGGCCUCUCAGUGGUCGUCUUAACAUUAUUCUAACUCGCUCGGGUACUUUUGAUAUUGCCACUGCAGAGAAUGUUCUUUUAUGUGGAAGUGUGUCUUCUGCUAUGGAACUGUUGGCUUCUUCUCCUUACUGUCUGACAAUUGAGAAAGUAUUUCUUACAGGAGGGGCCGAGAUAUUUAGAGAGGCUCUUCAUGGACCUGGAUGUGAAGCCAUCCAUAUUACAGAAAUUGAAGCAAGCAUUGAGUGUGACACUUUUAUGCCUCGGAUUGAUUUCUCUGUAUUUCAUCCGUGGUAUUCAUCUUUCCCUUUGGUGGAAAAUGGCCUUCGCUAUUCUUUUAACACUUAUGUGCGUGUAAGGUAUUCAACAGAAGAAUCCCAGGGUCUGAAUACUGAUCCAAUUCUUUAUGAUAAUUCAAAACCUCUAAAGUUUGAGGUCAAGAGUUUUUCUUUUCUUCCUAAGAUGAUUUUUGAGAGACAUGAAGAGUACAAGUAUCUUAGAUUAGUUGAAGAAAUCAUUUCUGAAGGUACAUUUAAGGAUGAUAGGACGGGGACUGGUACCUUGUCCAAAUUUGGUUCCAAGAUGAGAUUUAAUCUGCGUAGAAGCUUUCCACUUUUAACAACUAAGAAAGUAUUUUGGCGAGGGGUUGUUGAAGAACUUCUUUGGUUUAUCAGUGGCUCAACAAAUGCCAAGGUGUUGCAGGAAAAAGGCAUUCAUAUAUGGGACGGUAAUGCAUCGAGAGAAUUCCUUGAUAGCAUUGGUUUGGAAGAAAGGGAGGAGGGUGACUUAGGUCCUGUUUAUGGGUUUCAGUGGAGGCACUUUGGUGCCAGGUAUACUAAUAUGCAUGAAGACUACUCCGGCCAAGGGUUUGAUCAGCUUUUAGAUGUUAUUAAUAAGAUAAAGCAUAAUCCUGAUGACCGACGUAUCAUCCUCUCAGCAUGGAAUCCAUCUGAUCUUAAAUUAAUGGCACUUCCGCCCUGCCACAUGUUUGCGCAGUUCUAUGUGGCAAAUGGGGAUUUAUCAUGUCAAAUGUAUCAACGAUCUGCCGACAUGGGCCUGGGCGUGCCUUUUAACAUUGCAUCUUAUGCGCUCUUGACAUGCAUGAUCGCUCAUGUUUGUGACCUUGUUCCAGGUGAUUUUAUCCAUGUUAUUGGGGACGCACAUGUUUACCGCAAUCAUGUGAAGCCUUUGCAGGAACAGCUCCAAAACCUGCCAAAACCUUUUCCGAUUUUGAAGAUAAAUCCAAAGAAGAAGGAUAUAGAUUCUUUUGCUGCUACUGAUUUCAAGCUCAUAGGCUAUGAGCCUCACCAGAAGAUAGAAAUGAAGAUGGCUGUUUAGGAAUCUAUGAGAUUCUCAGUCCCUUCUUCAGGCUGUUGUACUUUUUGAAACAAUGCAAGCUUAACAAAAGGAGGUAUGUACUAAAAUUAUUGACAAAUUAAUGGAGACUAGUUGGACACACUUCAACCUUUACUUAUUUUACUACUGGGAAUCCUUUAGUUCCACGUGUGUCGUGGCUCUAAGGUGAUUUAACUUAACCUCAUUUUCAUUUCUUUUCAAUGGAGACGCGCUGGUAUAAUUUUGAGUGAUCAGCAACUUCAUGCUUUAAGAUUAUCGGUGUCUUGUGUUGUGUUCACUAUUUGGUUGUAAUUUAUUACCCCCCUCGGACCCAAAUCAAAAAAGGGAGGAUUAGAGUUAAAUGACUGUUUGAUGCUUUAAGAUUAUUGGUGUCUUUUUUCUUUGUCACAUAA